AAUACGUAUAUUAAUAUAAUGCAAGUAUAAAGAAUAGAGCAUAGUAAGUUGGCAAUAAUUGGUAAUGUUGACUCUGGUAAAUCAACAUUGGUUGGAGUAUUGACAAAAGGAAUUUUAGAUGAUGGAAGAGGAGGAGCAAGAGAGGUUUGAAUUAUAAUUUAUUCUCAGCGCGUUUUUAAUUAUAAGCAUGAAAAAGAGAAUGGAAGGACAUCUUCAGUGGCUCAAGAAAUAAUGGGAUUUGAUGAAAAUUUAAAGUAAGUACUUCCUGAGAGAUUCAAUUAAAAUAAAAAUAAAUAUUGGAGUCUAGUGGUUGAAAAGAGUAAAAAAAUAGUAACAUUUUUGGAUCUCUGUGGUCAUGAAAAAUAUUUAAAAACAACAAUAUUUGGAUUAGUUGCGAUGAUUCCAGAUUAUUCUUUAAUAAUUGUAGGAGCAAAUAUGGGAGUAUCAAAAAUGACAAGAGAACAUUUAGGAGUUAGUUUAUUUUUGAAAAUACCAUUUGCAAUAGUUCUAACAAAAAUUGAUAUAGCUCCUUAAAAUGUUUAUAAUGAGACAAUAGAAAAUAUUAAAAGUUUGAUUAGAAGUCCAGCAAUAAAAAGAACAGCAGUAGUUUUUGAUGAAAAAUCUGGAAUGGAUGAAAUAGAUAAAUGGGCAGCACUUAUGCAUGGAAAUAAUGUUGUUCCAAUAUUUUAAGUUUCUAGUGUAACAGGGAAUGGAUUACCAUAAUUGACACGUUUUAUAAGUAAAGUUCCUAAUAGAGAUGAAAUAAAUAAAGCUUAUUAAACAGUUAAUGAUCCAUUCUAAUUUGAUAUAUAAGAAAAUUUUAAUGUUCCAGGUGUUGGGGUUGUAGUAAGUGGUAUAGUUAGAAGUGGAAAAGCAGGAAUUAAUUAACAUGCUUUGUUAGGACCAGAUAAAGGAAAAAGUAAUAUAUUAUAUAUAUUAUUUUAGCAUUCAAACCAAUAACUAUCAAAUCUAUUCAUAUUAAUAGAGUAUCUGUUGAAUCAGCAUAAGUUGGAGAAUUUGCAUGUUUUGCACUUAAACCAUCUAAGGCAGGAGAUAAAUUAGAUAGAGCUGAUUUUAGAAAAGGAAUGAUAUUGAUUGAUCCUACUGUUAAACCUGAACCUGUUUUUGAAUUUGAAGUAUAGAAUUAUUAUUAUCAUUUAAGGCAAACAUUCAUGUACUCCAUCAUCCAACAACAAUGAGUCAUGGAUAUUAAGCAGUUAUGCAUUGUGGUGUUAUUAGAUAAGCUGUAGAAAUGAAAAAAAUAUUUCAACAUGAUGUCUUACGAACUGGAGAUGUAGAUACUGUUAGGUAAUCAAUUUAUUUAAUUAAGAUUACGCUUUCUUUAUGCUGCAGAAUAUUUAAAAACUGAAUAGAUACUUGUUAUUAGAGAAGGAAGAACUAAAAUAUUUGGAUAUAUAUCUAAACUCAUUUCAGACAAAUAAUUAGAGGAUGAAAAGAAAAUUUAAGUCAUUCCAAAUUAAUAAUAAUAAUAAUAAUAAUAAAUUUAAUAAGUUUGA